AUGUCCUUCCACAAUUUGUCUUCCUGCGUUGUGGGUGUUGCGAUUCGUGUCGAUUCGAAAGGCACUGCAAUUGUUGCGGCAGGUGAUGAAGAUGGAGGUAUCUGUGUUUGGGAUCCUAGAAUGCCCAAGGUGCCAGUGGUCGAAAUAGACGCGGGCCACGAAACACACGAGCCGCUUAGGAAUUUCAUUGUGCACAAGAAUGCUGAGAUGUUCGCUUGUGUGUUGAAAGCUGAGAUCAAGUUAUAUGACAUUUGCGGUGUACCUAUAUGUAAUAUUCGUCAGAACGAUUUCAAGCGAAGGUCAACUCAGAAUAUAGCUGCUGUUGCCAUGCACAAACUUAGAUCAAUGAUUGCUAUCGCCACCGGUGAUGGAGCUGUUAAUGUAUACGGGCAGGCAAAAACUAGUCUGUGA